CUUUAUUCUGUGCCCUUUUUUCUUUCGGAAGGGUCUGUCGCAAAGAUCCGCCACUCUUUUGGAACGGUGGGUGGUGAUUUGGUACCUUUUAAUCACAAUCAAAGUUGAUAAAACAACAUGGCUGGAUUGGUUGCAAAACUGCCUGCAAUGGGAACCUCGCUGGUGAACGCGGCGCGGCCGCGGCUGGCGACGUUCGUCAAGUACGCGCGCGUCGAGCUGACCCCGCCCAGCCCCGGCGACAUCCCCGCCAUCCAGAAGGGAGUGCAGGAGCUGGUCAAGUCGGCUCGCACCGGCGCCUGGCGCAACCUCACCGUCAAGGAGGCCACCGUCAACACCCUGGUCGGCGCCGAGAUCGUCUUCUGGUUCUUCAUCGGCGAGUGCAUCGGCAAGGGGUCGGUGGUCGGGUACCAGGUGUGAGGUGGCUGCCCGCACCCGGUUGUUGUGUAAUCGUGUCUCAUUCGCGUGCAAUGCCGAUGCACCGUGUGGUUGGUAGAAUACAGCUGCGAGGGUGUC